AUGGCUCAUAUUCUUGAAAGUUCAACUGACUCGAUGUUGAAAGAAAGCGUAAGCAUAAAACAUCUUCUUUCUUCUAGCGCUACUACAAUCUCACCUAUAUGGCAGUGUCAAGCUCUCCUUGAGAAACUAGGCAGUGAUCUUGUUCUUCUUCCAGACUCUACCCAGUAUCAAGCGUCAAAUAAAGCUUAUUUCGCAAAUCAACAAUCGGAGCUGCAUCCAUACUGCAUCGUGACACCCCGCACCGCCCAAGAAGUCUCUACCAUCCUUACUACUGUUCUCCCCUUCUUCAGAACCUCGGAUACCGCACAACCAUUCAAAUACUGUCCCAUCGCCAUUCGAUCCGGAGGCCACUUCUACUUUGCCGGAACAUCGAACGUAGAUAAUGGGAUUACCAUCGACCUACGCGCUCUUAACAAUAUCGAGCUUCGUUCAGAUCAAAAUGUUGUCUCGAUCGGCCCUGGCGCUAAAUGGGGAGACGUUUAUUCCAUCCUUGACCCCCUCCAUUUAAUCGUGGCAGGUGGUCGUGCCGCUCAAGUCGGAGUGGGGGGCCUAACUCUCGGCGGGGGUAUUUCUUACUUCUCCCCACGUUAUGGUUGGACAUGUGACUCUAUUGUCAGGGCUGAGAUUGUUAUUGCUGAUGGAUCCGUUAUUACUGUUGAUGAAGAUCAUCGAGAGGAUAUUUUGAUUGCGUUGCGUGGUGGAGGGUCUAAUUUUGGGAUUGUGACGAGCUUUGAUAUGAGAGUAUAUAGUCAGGGCUUGGUUUUUGGGGGUAUGGUCUAUCAUCCGAUCGAGACGAUUGACGAGCAACUUAAGGCUGUUUCUGAGAUCAGCUCAGAGACCUUUGAAGAUGGUUUUGCGAGGGGCUAUGAUGUUAAUGCGUCGCUGAUUACUAGCUUUGGGUAUGCUGGUAAGAGGGGCAGUGCUGUGGUGAAUAGUAUGGUGUAUACUGAUACUUCGUCGACGAAGGAGGGAGAAGAGUUCAGUAUCCCGGAGGUCUAUAAGUCUAUUCUUGAGCUUCCGCAGCGGUCUAGUACAUUGAGAGUGGCCCCGUUGCGUGAGAUUACUAUUGAGCAGGGAUCAUUCUCCCCAGAUGGUAGGAGACAAUUGAGCGUUGUUACUACGCAUGACACUACGGUCGCGAUGCUGCAAGCAACAUAUAACCGCUGGCACAAUAGUCUGGGCUCCAUCCGUGAUAUACCCGGCAUUGUCUGGUCAAUCUCGUUACAACCUCUACCGGCAGCUAUAUACCAGGGAAGAAAGAACGCUAUGGGUCUGGCGGAGACAAACAAGUCGCUCAUUAUCACUCUUCUGUCUGCCUCGUGGGAUAAUACUCAAGAUGAUGAGAAGGUCGAAGAAGCUGCCAGAGCCCUUUCUGUAGGGAUUGACGAUGAUGCCCGUCAGCUUGACGCGUACCACCCCUAUGUAUAUCCCAAUUAUGCGGCAGAAUGGCAGGAUCCGAUCGCAAGUUAUGGCGCAGAAGCUGUGGAGAAACUACGGCGAGUAAGUCGGGAGGUGGAUCCUGAGGGCGUGUUUCGGAAAAUAGUCCCUCGUGGGUUCAAAAUACCUUCCAAAUUCCUAGACACUGAUGGCGAGGCAGGAGAAUUAUUAAGAUGCUGA